UUACCCUAUGACUCCCAACCCACAUGCUGAAUGGUUACCAUAAUAAUUUAUUCAUUAUAAAUAAAAUUAAAUUGAGUGUAAUAUAUAACAACAAUUGUGUACGUAACGUUUUUUUUUUUCAAUGAUGUAGUAGACGAUACGUUAACGAUGAGAUAGAACUUUACUAAUUAUAGAGGCGUAGAGAGACUCAAGUGUCUGUACCAAUUUUAUUCAAUAAACUAUAGUUUUCAGAUACUUUUUCAACCAGUUCUUACAAUGCACGCAACCCCGUCCUUAUGGUUGUAUUGUAUCUAUAUUUAAUUGGUGGAAAUCCGGAAAGUUUUGUUUAUUGAACUGCUGGUUUUCAUUUGUUCCCCAUUUUUUCUUCUUCUAAUGAAGUGUAUAAUCAAGGCAAAAUAGGGUAACCCUAUUAGGAUUUGAUUAUAUACUUCACUUAUAUAGUAGCAGUAGAGAUACUUACUGUUAACUAAUUGGAAGUUAGUGCAUUUGACAAAGCAAUUAUUGGAGGUAGGUAGAUACCGCACGUCGGUCGUCAUAAUCCAAAUUAUAUUUUAUACGUAUAUUAUAACACUUUAUAUUUACACGAUAAAUACACGACUGCUCAUUAUCGGCCGAAUCAAACGAAACCUAUUGUACAUUUCUAUUUCUUUCCAAAAAAAGUUAUCUGCUUACAACACCUUGUAUACAUAAAAUAAACAAAAAUUGAAACUGACAGCUGCCAAAACUUUUUGACAUUUCUUGUGCAUUGUUGCAAUUGGUUUAUUUUAACAAUGCUUGCAACAAUCAGUGACCUUCGCAUCAAAGACGGAGUCGAAAAAGGUUGGAACGCUCUACUACUACAGUCGCAGCCUGUUUCUUUCUCACAUCCUAAUGUGGCAUAAUGCCGCAUCAUGACGUAUGUCGUAGAUAGAUGCAAUCCACUCUUACUUCACAAGUUCGAAAUCGUGCCAGUUGCGCUAUCGCAGGCGCUUGGUGAACUUGUCAUUCAUGCAAUUUCGUCCUCGGAAAAAAUUACGAAAAUCGGGAGGAUUGGUAAAAAAACGGGAAAAAAUGACAGAAUUUUCGUCUCCAGGCAGGCGAUCGUCCGUAAGACAACUGAGGGAACGCAAACAGAAAAAGUUAUAUUCGGAAGACUGGGCUCUUGGAGACGAAGACAUCGAAGGACGUCGUCUGUUUUCCCUCCAAGAAAAAUUGGAAGAUCCGCGAUUUACUCAGCACAAUUUUGUCAAAGAAAUGCAUGGUAGCGAAUUAACAGUGGCAUAUUUUCAAAA